CGCCACUCCACACACACGUUGCCCGCGGACAGUGCUUCAUCGACAUCGACCGGCCAGCGAUUCGUUCUUUACGCCUACCACCACCGUGCCCUGCGAACGGCCCCUAUUUCUGUCUGAUUUUUCCUGGGGCUCGAUUCAGUUACGCACGCCGAUCCGGUGCGCACAAGCGCGAACCACGAGCGGACGAUCGCGUAGGCAGGCCGCAGCUGCUCGCGAAAGUGCGCGGUUUCGAGUCGACAAGCUGAAUCGAUACACUGGCCGCUCGAUCAGUCUCGAUCCCUUGCUAAUAAGCAGGUCAUAUCGUGAUCGCGCGAAUCGCUCGGGGUUGUGGGACUCCGAGACGAUCAUCGAGGGAUCGCAAGUCAGCAAAGCGACACGUGACAUUCGCCGACAAUUCGCGCAAGUUCUGACUUCGCGGGAGAUAAAUCUCAGCCGAAAUAGCUACAUUUACAAAUUCAACAUUCAAGAUGUCGGGUAUCGUGGAGUGGUACAGGGAUUUAAUGGACAAAGGACAAGAUCCGAGAACAGUAGGAUGGUUUCUGGUACCUAGUCCCGGCCCAACCCUAACUAUUGUAGUGACGUACAUAUACUUUUGCGUUUCCGCCGGACCGAGAUAUAUGAAGGAUAAGAAGCCGUACGAUCUGAAGAACACCUUGAUAGUUUACAAUUUCAUACAAGUCCUUUUGAGCCUUUAUCUGGUCUACGAAGGUUUGGUAGCUGGCUGGUUGAACGACUACAAUUUCAUUUGUCAACCGGUCGAUUACUCGUACAAUCCUAACCCAGUCCGAAUGGCCCGCGCCGUUUACACGUACUUCAUAUGCAAGCUGAUCGAGCUGUUGGACACGGUGUUCUUCGUGCUGCGCAAGAAGAAUCGGCAGAUCUCGUUUCUACAUCUCUAUCAUCACUCGUUGAUGCCAGUGACAGCGUGGAUUGGCGCCAAGUUCUUCGCCGGCGGUCAUCCGACUCUACUCGGCGUCAUCAACUCCUUCGUCCACGUAUUCAUGUACACCUAUUACAUGCUAGCCGCGUGUGGGCCGCACAUGCACAAGUACCUCUGGUGGAAGAAGUACCUUACUGUUAUUCAGAUCGUGCAGUUCGUCAUAAUAUUCCUGCACAAUAUACAGAUGCUGUUCACCAGCUGCAACUUCCCAAAGCCGCUGUCGUUUUUGCUAACGCUCAACGCUCUCAUAUUCAUCUACAUGUUUGGAUCGUUCUACGUGAAUAAUUAUGUGAAAGCGGACAAACAGCGCGAACCAAAGGCAAACGGUUGCGCGAUUGCCAAUAGUGUGGCCGCCAACGGUUUGGCCGCCAACGGCUCGGCCGCCAACGGCUCGGCUGCCAACGGCUCGGCCUCCAACGGCUCGGCCGCUAAUGGCGCCGCUUCCGAUUUAUUUUACACAACCAGUAAGAACGACAUGGACCACGGUAAGUUCGAUUAAAGGACUCAUCGAGGACUUUCUAGGUCCUCCUAAGUUCGCGGCACCAACCGCGAACAAAAGAGAAAAAUAGAGACAUUUCCGAUGGUCUCAUCGGGGGCUGGGUCGGCACGCAUUAGGUGAUAGACAUAAAAUAACGCCGUAGACAAGAUAACACGACGUUCUCGCGACCUCAGCGUUUAUUCCGCCGAUAUUUCUGCAACGCGAGUUACGAAAGUAGGUUAGCGCAUACCAGUGGGAAAAGGUGGAAAGAUAGUUUCGGCAUAUCCGCGCCGUGCCGAUCGCGCAUGAUUCCCGACUCUAACCGGAUUACGCGCGGUCUGUGAGCGGCUUGAUUAUUACUCGCGUGAAAUUAGUAGCCGCGUACCGACGGAAUGAAUGCUGAAAGCGCACGAGUCACUUAACGAGUUCGCGGAGACACGAAACGAUUGUUAAUAACAUAACGUGACGGUUAAUAAUAGUGAUGAUUUUGUCUCGCGUGAGCCAACGUAGGUAUUUAGGGUUUCUUUCUGAAGCACUCAAGCGCGAAAGACUCAUCCCGCUCAUCUCUCGCGCCGGCCUUCGUAUCGUGCCAUCCGUACGAAGUUAGUAUCUUGAGCGCCGUCGAAUUGAUUGCCGCAUGUACCAAGUGUCUCUCGAUGACGUCGAAAUUAAGCGGGAUCCUCUCGUGACGGCGACAAGCCGUCCGCGAAAUUCAUCCUCUCGCGCACGGCCAACAUCUUUCCUCGCAAGUCCCACGAAAGCGAAAGGUGAAAAUGGCAUCUAUUGUAAGUCCAUUUGCGCGCAAAAGGUGAUCGCACCAUCCCCGCCUGACACCGACGACGUGAAGAGAUCGUUGAGACGUAAUGCAAAAUUACGGCGCGCGAACUCCAAAGAGGCGAACGUGCGCGUCGCGUAGCCUCGCGGACAUGCACGACGUUCCACGACGAUCGCCAGCGCGGUGUCGCCGUGCGGCACGACGAUGUUUACUUCUUAUCGGGUAAGGAUAAGUCAGUUUUGCGCAGCAAGAGCGUAUGCCGUAUCUCAACGCCGUUAUCGAGCUGCGCAGAUGAUAAGUUAGUUGACUGUAGAGAGUAUCGUUACCACAGACUUCUAUACAUAAACUCAUCGACAUAUAGUACUGGACGGAACAUUCGGCAAGACUUCUUUGAUCUUUCGUGUUGAGAGAUCUAGAGAGAAAAAGCUAGAUGUGUGGGCACAGAUCUCUCUUUCUACUCUCUAUUCAUUGGUUGAAUUUUAUUUAAGGAGAAAGGGAAUAGUAUCGUAUCCUUAAAAGUUGGGAACAUACGUUACAUAUGAGUUACUACAUAUGAUUACAUGUUGUACGUGUAAUACAUAUACAAGGUGUCCGGUAACUGAUCGAGCAACCACCGUGUACGGGUAGAACGGGUCAAAAUAAUCAUAAAAGUUAUAUACCAUUUUAAAAUUUUCUCAAUAUUUAUUCCGUAAUUAAUUAAAAUGUUUAAGCGAAUGAGCUCACGAGAAACGGUAGGACAUGCUCUGUGUAUAAAAGAAAUGGCUUACCUCUUAGCAAAGAUGAGUAAACAGCUGAUUUCGAGGAGUAACAUAACGUGACGCUUGUUACUCCGCCUCGAAAUUAGCUGUUUACUCAUCUUUGUUAAGAGGUAAGCCAUUUCUUUUAUACACAGAGCCUGUCCUACCGUUUCUCGUGAGCUCAUUCGCUUGUACAUUUUAAUUAAUUACGGAAUAAAUACUUGUCUCUUUCUCUUUCUACAUCUAUCAAUAUGAUUUCGGCACAAUGUUCCGUUCACUAUAUGUCGAUGUAUAAACUAAACUACUAAUACCCAUAUUUAGCGAGUAGUCGGAAAAAUAUCGAGCGGCCAUCUUUGAAAGGACCGUAUCAUAUAGGAGUAGUAAUGACACGCACUAUAGCAUAUUGCUUCCUCCCACUCACACAUUGUCACUCAAGUCACGUAUGUAAGAUCCUUUUAAAGAUGGCGGACGGUAUUUUUCCGACCAAACAAUCGUUAACUAAACUAUACCUAUUACGUAUUAAUACAGUCUAGAUAUUAUAUAGAAGUCUGUGGUCGUUACAAGUACGGUCGACAUGAUCUUGUUGAAUAUCGUUGUUUCUGAACACUUGCAAAUAUUAGCGCGAAAAUCGAGAAUCUAAUGCGAAAAUAUCUGUGGCAAGUUGAGUGACAAGUGAGAGAAAUAAGAAAAAAGAAACUGCUGAACAGAAUCGCCUUUCAACUGUACGUCGGAAUAGAUGUAUAAAUACACUGAGAAAAAAUAUUUCAAACUUUAUAUCCCAUAAAUAAAUUUUCAAGUAUUUUUUUUAACCUUUUCGCUGCGGCGAAAUCCAAAGUAAAAAGCAUAGACGGUAAACAUUCAGUCGUGACUGAUGCUGUAGGCGGCGAUACUUCUCUAAUCUGGGAGUCAAUCAUGAAUCUUUUCCCUUAACGUGAACUCGUGAAAAGUGAACAUUUCUAUAUGCUUUUACAUUUGAAAAUUUUUACUUUUCACGAGUUUACGCUAGAGGAAAAGAUUUAUGAUCGACUAGAUUUAUUUCACUGGUAAAGCAAAAUGAGUUGUGCGCCUAAAGGCGCUUACAGCACUGAUCAGGUGACGUGAGUUGAGCGCCUAAAGGCGCCUACAGCAGCGAAAGGGUUAAUGUAGCUCACAGAAAAGCCACUAGAAUACGAUACUAAAACGAUUAAGUAAUAUCAUCGAAAACACAUAAUCAACCGAUAUAAUAUCGGUAAAACACACUUAAAAGAGAGGACAAUUGGAAUCAUUGAGAGUCUAUUAAUAAGCAAGCAGAGAGAAUAAAAUCGAUGUUGUACAGCUCGCAACUUGCAUCGAAAUUUAAACAAAAAAUAAGAAAUAGUGGCUUUAAUAUAUUUCGUCGUUUUGACAGCCCAAAUUUGCAAUAGCACACAAAAAACAAAUGGCGUAGCCAUAUGUAAGGCGUGAUAUGUUUCCCGUAAACUGGGCUAGAUAAGGUCAAGAAUAAUAAAAGCACAAAUAAAAGAGCACUAUUUCGAACAUCUGAUGGGAUUGUUUCUCAUCUUUCUAUUCUUAAUCACGAAAUAUUCCCAUGUAUGUUUAUAAGAGGGUAUUAUAAUAAGACAGAUUGCAUAUCUCAGUAUGUAGGGUCGAUGCUUCAUUUAUGGCUACUUUAAGAAUUUUCGACGAAAUAAUCGCGUUUUAAUUAAAUUCCCUUCGUUAUCUAAAGUCUUUAAUUAUUUUAAUAUAUUAUUAAGAAUCUUUAAAUUAUAAAUUUAAGACCAAUAAACAAAAUAAAUUAAACACAUUUUUAAAAAAUAAUACUUAUGUCAUAAUUUCCGAUUUCACCGUUUUUGAUCACCAUAACACUAGUUCUUGCCAUAAUGAGUGCCUGUUCUGGCCACAUAAUGAAAUUGAGAUUAAUUUAUAAUAAAAUAAUUAAUAAAAAAAGCAUAUGCAAUUAAAAUCAUGGUUUAAUGUUAAUAUCUUAAUGUUAAUAUUUAUUUUCAAUAAUUUAUAUAUAUAUAUAUAUAUAUAUAUAUAUAUAUAUAUAUAUAGUAAAAAGUUUUCUUUUGUGUUUGCUUAUCUCUAAAGUUUUCUUUUUAGAACGAUUUUUCUUAUUAUCCAUCUAAAAAAACAAAAAUAAGUGUAUUUAUAAUGUGUAAUUAUGUAUAUAUAUAAAGUUUGUUUCUAGACAAAUAGCUGUACUAUACUUUUAUAAUUUUUCAAAGCACAAUAAUGAGGACCAGUAAAAACCAGAGCAUGAAUUUUGUAGUACCACAAAUUUUAUAAUUUUACGCAAAAGACAUUCGUUAUUUUUGUUGGCUACAAUUGGAACAACACAACAACCAGUUCUGGCCACACUAUGGCCAAAAAUAGAGCAUUAUAUUAAUACAUGAUCUAGUUUUUGACACCUAUUAUUUUUUCCUUAAUAGGAAUCAAAUACGUGGUUAUGCAUAUUGAGAUUAACUUUUAGACUUUCCGUAAACCGAUUAUAGAAACAUUCACUCACAAUCAUGUUUUUUAUAUAAUAAUUCUAACGUUUAUCUCAUCUCGUAUCCUUAACGUUUUGCACAAGAAAAUGCAAUAGUUCGUUUACCUUCGGUUAUAAAUAUUUAGUUAAAAAAAAAGAAAAUUCUACAUUCGUUAGCGAGCAGCGUGACCAAUAGAAAUAUUGUAAAAACAAAAUAUUGCCACUUACAUAACGCGAACAUAAAUCAUAGACUAAAUAAUUCGAAAGAUUCCUUGAAAUGGCCACAAAUGGAGCACCGACCUAACAACGUAAUCGCGCUAUCGUCAUACGUUAUGGCACGUAUCGUAAAGAUCAGCGUAUUGGAUGCUCGUACUUCCGAUUCUUUCGUACUUCCUAUUUCCGCCAAAAAAACUUUCUAAUAAAAACCCGAAAAAGACAAGUGUUUAA